UACUCGGUGGUCGAUUACUUUGGUCUGACGUCAUAUUGAGACUAAAAUUAAAAGAGCAGCAUUGUGGGAGAUUUUCGCUUAAAAGUGUGUUGCUAGCUGCAGAAAAUGAGAAAGCUAAUAGAAAAGAAUUAUGUUUUUAUUCAUAGUAAUUAGAUAAAGAGCAAACUGUCACAGCUGCGGGUUUGUUUAAAGGCAGCACACAGAUUUAUGUGAUGCUCCGGCGUUUAAACAGUGUUGUUAGUUUACAGCUAGUUAGCAUCGGCUAGUGGGUUUAAUUUAAUUCCAUGUGAAUUUAAUUUGCAUGUAAUUUAGCUGUUUUGUUUUUUUGAUAGUUAGUUGACUUGCAGACGGAGAGUGAAGCAGUAGCUAGCUCUUGUGUUUAUGUUUAGCUGGGAAGCUAAAGGAGCAGGGUUUCAUUGACAGCAAUCAUCUCUCAGAAUGGAGCUGUCGGCUGCUGAAAGAGCAAGGACGUUUUGGUCUCAGGUGGAUGUGGACUUGGCGUUUGAGGAGUUGUUGGGAUUCCUGCUGUGUCUGAGAGAAGCCAUCAAGAGCAAAACAGCCUCAGAUAAAGGCUACAUCCAGGGCAUGAAUAUUAUUAUGGAGUCGGAGGUGUCGCUGGAUGCAGCUUUGAGGAAUGAUUCCUUUGAGGAGGUGCUGAUCGGUGAAGACAUACUGACAGUGUCUGUAUCAGACUCGCACUGCACUAUACUGAAAAUGAAGGAUCUCCCUGUGCCAGAAGACACCUUACAUGACGAUGCAUCAAGGAACCUGGAGUCCGGUUCAGACAACAGUCAGAUGUCUUCAUCAGGCAGAAAUGAUGCUACGCUAUCAGGGAAGUUAGACACAUAUGACUAUAUGACGCUGCUGUCACCAACAAAUCUUUUAUCUGAUGACCAGUUGGCCCCUGUGUCACCUGUCCAGCUUUCGUAUCAACAGCACGACUGCAGCCCAGCCUGUCUCCCUCACCUCCCGUCUCACUCGGACCACUUUCUCGGCCACAACCCCUUGCGAGUGCCUCUUCUCUGCCACUUCCAGCGGCAUUGUGCCAAGCCACUCACGUUGUCAGCACAAGAGGAAUUGGACACAGAUGUUCUCUACAAAGCUCCAUGUGGGCGGGGCUUGCGCUGCAUGGAUGAGGUGUAUCAGUUCUUACGGCAGACUAAAAGCCUUGGGGUCCUGCAGCAGACCAACUUCAGCUUCAAUCCACAGGUCCUGCCAGAGCGGCAGGCCCAGCCAAGGCCGCUUGCCCCUGCUUCACCUCUUCCCACAACCAGUUUUUUUGAGAGGGACAUAAGCCGUGGGAUGGAAGCUGUCCCGGUUACUCUAUGCAAUGACUUGGAUGGUGUACGGCCAAAAGAGUUUCGCUAUCGUAAGGAUCGCUGGCCCCACGGCUGUUUCUUAAGCAAGGCGCCAUUUUUCCUGACCUGCUGUGACUGCACGGAUGGAUGCACGGACAGUUCCAGCUGUUCAUGUCUUCAGCUGUCUCUAAAGUCCGGUGCAAAGCCAGACCAGCUUUACAGCCACCACCGGCUAAAUGAGCCUGUGUCCACGGGGCUGUAUGAAUGUGGUCCAUGGUGUGGGUGCCAGAAAAGCAGUUGUCAGAAUCGUGUGGUCCAGCAUGGACUCCGUGUCCGCCUGCAGGUGUUCCGCACCAAUGACAAGGGAUGGGGUGUGCGCUGCCGUGACGACCUCGACAAGGGCACCUUUGUCUGUACUUACGCAGGUGUCGUCCUGAGACUUGGGCGGAACUUAGAGGAGCCCCUUCUCUCUAAAAUCCAGAAGGAGGAACAGCUGUCGGAUGAUGAGGUGGAGGUGGUGGAGGAGUGGACGCUUCCCUCAGGGCAGAAGAAAACAGUCACUGAGACACUGGACACCUCUCCACCUCUUUAUGUUCCUGUGAUCCAGAGGCCUGCAGACCAGCCCUCUUCACUGCUGGAUGGGCAGAGGGAACAGCUGGAGCACUCGGAUAACCAGGAGGAAAUGAACACCUGUUCAUCGCCUAAUCCCAAUCACACAGAAAUCAAAGACCAACAUAACGAAGAGGUGGUGAGGAAGAGGCUCCGGUUGGAUGACAAGGAAAAUGGUGGCGUCGUACGUCGAGAUCAGAUGGUGCCCAAAGCAGAAGGGAAACCCGACUGUCAGGAAAAAAUUUAUUAUCUUGAUGCUUCAAAAGAAGGAAACGUGGCAAGGUUUACUAAUCACAGCUGCAAUCCCAACCUGUUUGUCCAGAAUGUCUUUGUUGAUACCCACGAUCCCAAAUUCCCAGUAAUUGCUUUCUUUACGUGCAAGCCAAUCAGGGCGGGGACUGAGCUGACCUGGAAUUAUUCCUAUAAAACAGGAAGUGAUCCUGAGCAUGAGGUACCAUGUCUGUGUGGUUCAAAUGACUGCCAAGCAGUUGUCAUCUGAUCAUAUGAACAAAAAGUUAGGUCAUCAGCAAGCAUAAGCAUAAGAUCUAUAAGAUCAUAAGACACAGAAAACCUGGCAGAACUAUGGAUAUGAAAUCUGUGCCACAUGGUUCAUUGGGGUAUUCCUGGACCUUAGUUACAAUAAUAAAAGCUAAUUGGUGAAGACACUUGGUGUUCGAUGGCAUUUGACUGGUGUUUCUACACAGUUCUACCACAAACUGUCAUUCUGUAAUGGUUAAUAACAGCAAUGCCUUUUUUUGUACAAUCUUUGAAAUAAAACAUUUCAGAAAAAAAUAUUUCAGCAUCUUUCACAGCUUUGACAUAUCUGUGCUCUUGGAAUGCAGAUGUGGAAUGCGGAUUUACUGAUCCUCAAAAUCGUGUCCUGUAAUUGUACUGUGUAAUGUAAUUUAUAGAUUUAUGAAUUAAAGCCGUAUGAAAGAUC